GCUUGGCUACAUUGUAUUAGUUCCCACACGAAGAGUCGCCGCACUGUUUCACGCUCAAUCGGCGAAUACGGAGGAAUUAACCUGUGUGGAAGGCUAUUCGCUGUGGGAUUACGCUGGCCGAGGAUCGCGGGAGAGGAGCGGGCUUGUUGUCUGUCCGCCGGCUGUGCACCUCGAACAUGUCCUCGUCCUCCUCCCCCCCGGGUUCGGUAGUCUUCGUUGUUGACGCUAACGCUAUCUCCACUUGAGAUGGCACAAGUCCAGUGAAUCGCUGGCCUCCCUUCCUCUCCUCUCCUGUGCUGGAUGUCUUUGGGGAUUGCGCCGCCACUGCUGUCGGCUGCUUCAGCAUUUCUUCAACGUUUAGUGCAAUUCCAAAACCAUUAAUCUGAUUUAUACUUUUUUUUUCUACGGAGUGUCCGUCACCAUGGAAAAACGAGGACCCGGAAUACGAAUGGCGAGCUAAGUCUAGCAAAAUGUGGCCAAAUGGAGAAGGAACGAUUAGACCGUGAAGAUUCUCUAACCCCAGCCCCGGAGUCCCAACCAUCCGAGAUAGCGUUGGACCUUACUGAAACAAUUCUGGGCCGUUGGCACUAAAAUGUCCCUAAGUGGUGGCACUGCAGGCGGGAAAGGUGUGGACUCUAAUGCGGUGGACACUUACGACAGCGGGGAUGAAUGGGAUAUUGGUGUUGGAAAUCUGAUUAUUGACCUUGACGCUGACUUAGAAAAAGACAAACUUGAGAUGUCUGGCACCAAGGACGGCAUGGCGGCGCCACCCAGUGCAGUAGCAGCAUUGCCUGACAACAUCAGAUUUGUUAGUCCUGUGUCUGGCUCUCAAGGCAAAGAAAGCAAAUCCAAAUACAAGCGCAGUAAAAACUCUAAAGACAAUAGUAGCAAAGCUUCAGCUGGAGAUGGGAAAAAGGAAACUGCAGGACGGACUCAAGGCGAGCCAACUGGCACUGCAGUAAAUGCAGUGGUUGCAGGCAACAAUUUGACCUCUGGAAAGAACAUAGAAAAAGGAGGCAAAACCUCCAGAGGUGCUCUGAGUGGGAAAAAGGACAAGGAAGGGGCAACGGGGAAAAGUAAAAAGGAUAAAACUGAGGGAGCAGCAGUUGUGCCUAUUGCUGCGGUGGAGAACGAGGUUGCGUCUCAAGUCCAAGUUACUCUUGGGAACUGUCGUAAUACACCCUCUGAAGGCACACAAUCAACAGACUUGGUAGAAGCGAAUCAAAUUGGGAAUAUUACUCUUGAACCUGUUGGGAUAUUACCAGCACUAACAACAAAAACUGAUCCAGAGGAGAUUGAAAACGGUAAUUCUGAAUGCAAGACCUUGAAGAAAAUGAAAAAUGAAAAGAUGGAAUCUCCUGUCUCAACACCAGUCCCUCCCCCCCUUCACCUCUUAGCUGCAGUAGGCAACAGUGAGAUUGCCUCACCAUGUGAACAGAUAAUGGUGCGUACACGCUCAAUAGCAGUGAACACAUCCGAUGUGGCCCUAUCCACGGAACCGGAGUGCUUAGGACCCUGUGAACCUGGUACGAGUGUCAAUCUCGAAGGCAUUGUAUGGCAGGAAACCGAAGAUGGAAUGUUGGUGGUGAAUGUUACUUGGAGAAACAAGACGUAUGUGGGCACACUUUUAGACUGUACCCGGCAUGACUGGGCUCCACCUCGGUUUUGCGAAUCCCCUACAAGUGACCUAGAAAUGAGGAAUGGCCGUGGCCGAGGUAAACGAAUGCGACCAAACAGCAACACUCCUAUCAACGAGAACAGCAAUUCAUCAGAUAACAAAGGCGCCACCAACAACAAGACACGCGCUGCAUCUAACAGUAAGGGUCGAAGAGGCAGCCAGACACCAUCGGAGCGCCGCACUCCUCCCAACAGCAACGCGGAGGAUAUUAAGGCCAGCCCCUCCUCGACUGGAAAACGUAAGGCUAAACCUGCAUCGGACAUGGAGCCUAAUUCUAGCUCAGAGGACACGAAAGGCAACAAACGCAUGCGGACAAACUCCAACAGUGGAGGAGUCGGGCUAACAGGUCUUCUCAUUCCUUCUAUUAAGACUGAGGCACUUCCACCCCCCCUUGAUCGGAGUUGCCCCUCACCUGUUCUCAUUGAAUGCCCUCAUCCCAACUGCAACAAGAGGUAUAAGCACAUAAAUGGCCUCAAGUACCACCAAGCCCGUGCCCACACGGAUGAUGAUGUGAAGCUGGAACUAGAUGUAGACAGUGAAUAUGGAGAGGACUCAACACUUCACCCUGAACCCGAGAAUUGUAACGGUGCAUCAAUCUCACAUAAAGGAUCUUUUUCUCCAGCAAGGUCAGUCACACCAAAAGGAAGGAACUUUGACAUUCAAAGUACUUCCCCGUCACCCGGCAAGUUUUGUUCAAAGCAGAGCAAAAAGAAAAUUGCUGAAACAGAAGCAGAAAUAAGUACACCGAUGGAAGGCUGUGAUGAUGGGGCAUGUCUUUCUGAUGAAGCCAGUAAUGAUGGCAUUGAUGAAAAAAGAAGUUCUGAUAAGUCCAAAAAAGGUAACACAAAGGCCGAUAAAAUGGCUCAAAAAAAUAUAAAAUCGCCACGAACAGUUGCCACUGGCCCUUCAGCAUCACAACAGAUGUACUCUUUCCCACCCGGAAACCCAAAUUCUUCACCAGGGCUUACCCCGGUUUUGCAAGGAAUCCCCAAGAGCCCCCAAUUGAAAGGCACGCAGCCAAAAAACCCUGCUGUAGGAGAUCCUCCCACAAGUAGCGCCAAAGACAAGAAGAAGAAAGAAAAGAAGAAAAAAGACGUUGGUAAGGAAGCUGAGAGCCCAAAGUCUGUGGGAAAGGGAGGAAAACUGGAGGACUGUAAAGCUCCAUACACCGACGUACCUGAACAAGGAAAUAAGGCUGAAGUGCUUCUCAAUGGAUCCUCGGACCCCCAUCAGAGUCGGCUGGCAAGCAUCAAGGCUGAGGCUGAUAAGAUAUACAGCUUUACAGAUAAUGCUCCCAGCCCAUCCAUUGGUGUGGCCAGUCGUCUAGAUGGCAGUGGAAUGCCGCAACCUCUUACACCUCUUCACAUGAACCAGAACGGUGCUGACAACUCUUCUGUGAAAACUCACAGCCCAGCAUACUCGGACAUUUCUGAUGCUGGUGAGGAUGGUGAAGGAAAAGUAGAGAAUGUCAAAAACAGGACAGAAGACCAGGCGCUAAGAGAAAGUGUCAAAAAAGCGCUCUUCCCAAAUCCAGCCCCCAACAAAGAUUCUCCGUACUAUGCUGGCUAUGAGACGUAUUACUCGCCCAAUUAUGUCAACCCGAGUCCUGGCGGACCAAAUCCCGGCACACCGGUGACUGAGCCUCAGGUGAAGAUAAAAAGGGAGGAUGACCAGGAUCCUGGGGAGGAAAAAGUCAAGGUUGAGGUUCAUGAAGAUCGCAAACCUGACAUCACUCCUGGCCAGCAGCAGCAGCAACAGCAACAACAACCCUCUGUCAUUCAACAACGAUCCAACAUGUAUAUGCAACCACUUUACUACAAUCAGUAUGCCUAUGUACCCCCGUAUGCAUAUCAUUCAGAUCAGGCAUACCACAACCAUUUAAUGAAUACCAACCCCGCUUAUCGACAGCAGUUUGAAGAGCGUCAGCGACAAAUGGCAGAACAACACCGUGCUGCUGAGAAAAAGUCAGACAUAGCCAUGAAAGAAAGAGAAGCUUCCAUCAAGGAGGACUGGAAACAAAAGAGCCCAAUGCAGCCAAACCUCUCCAAAACCCCGAGUCAACCUGAGCUGGGAAAGACACCGCAGCCUACCAGUAAAUCGAGGGACUCACCCUCAGAGGUUUCAUCCAAAUCUAUUGGAAAUAUUAAGGUAGAGGACAUCAAGUCUCAGCAAGCUGAAGGCUUAAAGAUGAAGCUGACAGAAGGAGGGCACCAUGGGAAGGAGGACUCCAAACAAGUGCUUGAUUUAAGAGGACAGGCUGGUACAGAGCAGGCUGUGUGGUACAGACAGCAGUACCCUGAAAGCCAAAAGGUAGAUGGUGAACACCAGCCACAGCAACCUCGAUGGAAAGAAGAACGAGACAGAGAACGGGAACGUGAUAGGAAAUCGAAGGACGAAAGGUGCAGGCCUAAGGACUGUCAAAGCGGGCCUAAAGAGGACGGCAAAGAAAUGAUUGACCCUCGAAUAAUUUCUGAGGAACAUCGGACCAUGAGCAAAGACUCUCGCACGAAUGCCCACUUGCAGUUCUCGUCACCACUAGCACAGCACCAAGGAUACAUGCCAUACAUGCAUGGUUACCCCUAUGGACAAGGUUAUGACCCGAACCACCCUGGUUACAGGGGCAUGCCUUCGGUCAUGAUGCAGAACUACCCAGGUUCUUACCUUCCCGGAGGUUAUCCUUUUUCUCCAUAUGGAAGUAAAAUAGCUGGAGCCGAAGAGGCCAAUGACAAAUCUCGCACUAGUCCUACUGUCAACAAAAUUGCAACAGACUCCAAAGCUCUAGAUAUGCUACAUCAACACGCCAGCCAAUACAAAAGUAAAUCUCCGACAGUAGGGGACAAGCCGCCCCUUGACAGAGAGCGGGAGCAGGACAGAGGAGCUGGCGGUGAAAGGGAUCGGGAAAGAGACGUUGAUCGGCCGCGCUCCUCGCCUUCCCAGCGGAUCAUGCCCUCUCACCACCACCUGGGGUACCCCUUGCUCUCAGGGCAGUAUGAUCUGUCCUACACCACAGGGAAACCUGACCGCCACACCUCAACCCUGCAAAGAUUCAUGUGACUGGCUCACAUGUGAAAGGAGUUUCCCAGGUGUUCCCUUUUAGACAUCAGUUCAAUGGUGUUUCUGUCUGUUUAUUUGAUCUGCCCGAGUGUUGGCAGGUUGUUCAUGUCUUUCUUCCCAAAAGAAAGAAUCUCAAAGCUUGGACUGAUCUAAUCCAGGUUCAAAGCCAUCACUCUAACUCUCCAUGCAGAGGAAACACCUCCCCGUCGAUUAUCUAGUCUUUGCACUGUCAACAAAUACAAUGCAAAAAUAGACUAUUGGACUUUCAAAGAUUUUGUUUUGACUACAUUAUUAUUUUUUUUUUUUGUCGUAUACAGAAGAAUCUAGCCGAGGAUUCGGGGGGAGUCGGGUGACUGAUGGCAAAGUAGAGUCAAACUAAAUGAGAGACUUUCAGAGAAAAUCUUAUCAAGAUGAGCUCAACUUUAUGUGGCUGGGGUUUUGUAUGCCACGAUGACGCAACAAUAUAUCCUAAACUUGACAAAUGUUUGGUUUCUAUUUCAUUGGGGACAGGGGGAUAUGGCAACUGCUGCUUUCUUCAGAGACUUAAGAGCCUGAGACUGAAGAGUUCAUUCUCACUGUCACAAUAUUUCCCACAUUUUAAAAUCCUCAGUUCAUGUUUCAGGGAUGAUGUCGCCGUGUUUUUGCGAAGGGACUUCGUACACCUCAACACCUAAUAAUAAACGUGAUCAGUGUUUGCUUUGUCAAACGAAUCAAUUUCAACAGUGAUCGUCAUCUUUGAAUGUCUGAAUGCUGGUUUAAUGCUGCUUCGCCUCACAAUGACACUUGAUUCCGCUCACUCGAAGAGUGAAGCCAGAUUAGCUGUGGUGACACUCGUAAACGUACGGAGAGCUUUCGUAAUUUUGACACGUUUAUGUUCUGCUGUAAUAUCGACUCUCUAUUGAUAAAUGUUGAUAUGUGUCGCAGUGCGUGUGCAAAUCACUUGUGCGCAAUUCAAGCCCCUGUACCCGAGACUGUGGACGUAUGAAUUGUUAUGUGGCUGAUAUGGCUUCACUCUUACACACAUUCAUUUUUUAUCAUUUUUUUCCAAUUGUCUCUUGGCUUUGGAUCAGUCCAAGCUUGACACCAAUAACCCUUUAUAGUAGGGUGACCAAACGUCCUCAUUUGCCCGGACAUGUUCAAUUUUUACAUCCUAUCCGGUGCGUCCGUUUUAUAAAUUCAUGAAAAUGUCCCGUUUUCAGUUUUUAUACGGGACCAAUUAGCGUGUCUUGAAAUUGACUGAGGCUUUGCACAGAAUACUACCGUACUGUGCUGACUGUGACGUGUUCCCAGAGAACCUUACCCAUUGGUUCAGCCUUGCUCAGUAACAGAGAAAACAGACGUCGGAGCAGCGUUCCAUCGUCCCCCAAAAUGCCUAAAUGCAUCUUCACAGAUGAGCUGCAAAAAAAAAAAAAUCCCCGCACACAAUUGAAUUCCCCGGUUGAAACAAAUGGGAGGUGAUGAGGUGAUAAGGUGUCUUUGAGUGAGAUUCGAGUAGAAUUUAAGUAUCUCGAGCCUAGUGUCCUCUUUUUUUGGGAAUCCAAAUGUGGUCACCCUACUUUAUAGGGCAAGUGACUGUUUUUGGUCAUUUAGAUAGAAACAAAUAAUAACUCCAUUAAAACGCUGCAUCCACGUUCAUGGACAUCACAUUUUGAGUCAUUUAGGCCACGAUGUUGACAUUUAGUAAAGAAGAAUGGCCUGCAUCAGUGAUCCCCAACCACCUGGCCGGGGACCAAUACCGGUCCGUGCCGCAUUUGCUACCGGGCCGCAGAGAAAUAAUAAAUAAUUUGUUAACGACCGCAAUCUGGCCUGAGCCUCUCGACACAUUAAUAUGCCUGUCUACUCUAUUGACUAAUCUGAGUAGAGAUUUGUGAUGGCCGCAAUCUAAUGGUUGGCCACCAUUACUGGGGUUAUUGCACACCGAUAGCAACUCCACGUCAGUCAAUGUAAACGGUAACGUUAGCUGCUGUUGGCAUGUGCUGCAGGUUGCGACGUCUUUGGGCAGCUUUUUUACGGGAAAAAGGCCACCUGCUGAGCCAGAAGAGGAGCCUACAACAAAGUCCAUUCUGCAUAAUAUAUGGCUAAAAGCUAGCAAAUGAGGCAACAAAAGCGAAGGCACAGAGAGCAUCAAACCUCGUGGCGAGCCAACCGUAUUGCUAAAGCCAAGAAACCUUUCACGACUGAAGAACUCAUUAUGCAUGUGAUCAAAGAUAUUUGCUGUCAAGUUUUAAGAGAGGCCGCUGUUAAAAAAGGUUGAUUCAGCGUAUGGUGUUACAUUUUCCCUGCACUUAAUGUUCGUUUUUGGCUCCGUCGCGUUAUUUUAUAUUUACUGUAAUUUUCUGCCGUGGAAAAAAAGGCCCACAUUACACCGGUCCGUGGUGCAAAAAAGGUUGGGGAACACUGGUCUACAUGACCCAUGUCUACAUAUAUGGACCAGAGGUCUCAAUUUUAUUUAUAUGCAUUUUAUUUUUUAAAUGAAAAAUUAGUGAAUUCAUAAAAUCACAAUAAAUUAACAUAAAAAAGAAUAGAAACAAAUUACAUUUUGGUUAUGCCUCAGAAUAACGCUUUUUUUUUUUUUUUUUUUUUUUUGUAAUUUCGUAGUAUUUAACUCAUUGCCUGCCAUUGAAGAGGGCCAGUGGGAGUGCGAGCAGUGAUCAUCCCGUCCCAGUUAAAAUGGAUUGGACAUCUGAUGCCGUCAAUGGCAGACAAUGAGUGAAAUGAGUGCUCUAUAAAGGGUUAAAAUAUGAACUUCUGGCACAUGCAGCUACAUACUCGAAAGUGCAACCCAAAAAUAUUCCGUAACAAAAACUACAUUGAACAAAGCAAGUUUUGGGUGAAUUAAAUACAUCCACCGUCUCCUCAUAUUCAUGGAUUUGAAGUUCACAUAUGUGAUGCUGCAUUCUAAAUUCAAUAUUUACCUUAGAGUCAUGCCCAAAACUCGAAGCCAGAUACCACACUCAGUUAUCGAAAGUAUAUUUAUUUGAGUGGUUUUGUGUGAGCGUGCGGAAGGAGAGUGAGAAACACACAUCUGGGACAGAGUUGUCACCACAUCCAGUUCAGAUGUUUUUUUCCAGCCAUUUGUACGUUAACCAUAUUUGCCCCUGUCGGAUUUUACAGCAGCUAGCAAUCCUCCAAGUAUGUCUUAGCCGUUCAAAAAACCGCAUCCUUUGACUUGUGUGCAUUUUAAAGAUAAUGAAUGGCUGAAUAAGAUGAAUGUGGUGGUGUUUGAUUAGUAUUUAAUCUGUAAGGGUAAUCUAGGCAGCUGUGAUGUUGUCAUUCAAGUCAGUGAGGUUUUAGUACCAGCAGACUGCAUACAUACAGUACAUACAGUAUAGUUUUAUCAAACAAUGGUUGUGACAAGUGCAUUUGUUCGCUCAGAGAGUAGUACUAUUAUCUCAGUAGUCAGCAAAGCCCAGUGAAAAAUCAAAACUAUAUUCUAAAAGUGUAUGAAAAGCCAGAAAAGUUCAUGUUUGCUUUCAACAUAAUGGAAAGUGCUUGGCUAUUGUGUUUUGUUUCAAUGGUGCAGAGUAUAUUUAUUGGCCAGCAGUCGGUGCCUAGUUGAACAUUCUUGUGUGAAAACACAGAGACGCUCGCCCCUUUGUCCUUUCCUGACCCACCUCGUAUCAUACAAAGACCCUACGCCCCAACCCCAAAGUACCAUCAGUGGUGCUUGCAAGGAUGUUUACAGCGUCUACUUUCUAUGUAAGACAUUCAGAACUGCCCUCACCCCUCCUCUCCUCUUCUCUUCCUCCCUUCAGGAGUUUGUGAAAAAUGUACAUUGCCAUGGUUCUUUUUUUUUUUUUUUUUUUU